AGCUCGCACUGUUUUGGGGGGUAAUCGAAGCCACCGCAGGCCAUGCAGCCGUACAGAGUGACGCUGACGCUCCCCCCUGCGUUCCUCAUCGAUGCCGUCACCGCCACAAUGGAGGGCUCCCCGCCCUCCUGGCUCGUCAGCCUCGCAUUCACUGUGGGCACUGCCGGUCAGUCGCGCAAACGACAGAUCUAUCCAUCGUCCACACAGGACGUUGACAUCCUUGCUGUGUCUGUGUGUGCGCGUGUGCAGGUGCCUUGAUUGGAGGUCUUGCCUUGUGGAGUGCGGCAAGGAGGAGGGCUGCGCGCGCGGCUGAGCUGAAGGAGAGCAACAGCAGGGUCAUCCUGCAUCACUUCGGGCGUGGGACGUCGCCGCCGUGUGUCUCGUCUUCUCCGCCAUGCCUCAAACUGGAGGCCUUCUGCAGACUCGCGCAAGUGAGAAUGGUGCACCCACCAAGAUCAAGCCAACACAUGCGCUUGUGUGUGUGUGUGUGUGUGUGUGUGUGUGUGAGUUGUGCAGAUACCGUACAGAAUCGAGACGAGGGGCGGCCCAUCGGCGAAGGUGAGUCAUCACAGCUGAGACGAGUCGACUGGCGGCGUUGAUCGAUCUGUCUGCCGCUUGCCCAUGUGCGCGUGUGCAGGGAAAGUGGCCCUGGAUGACAUGGCGCGGGGAAACCAUCGCUGACUCCGGUCAGCGAGCAGGACCGAACAUACACACACACGCCCGCCCGCCUCCCUCGCUUCUGAUCUGAUUCCUUUCCGUUUGGUGUUUGUCAGCCUUCUGCAUCGAGCGGCUGACGAAGGACCUCGGCGUCAGGCUGGAUGAGGGCCUUUCUCUCGAGCAGCAGGCGGCCGCAUACGCCAUCAGAAAGAUGGUCGAGGAGAGCACCUACUGGUCAGCAGGAAUCACACACUCACACCCACACCCACACCCACACCCACUCUCUGUCUGUCUGUCCCUCUCUCUCUCAGGACGGUUGCCUAUGCGCGGUGGGUGGAGCACUUCGGUGUUUGCCGUAAGCAGGUCCUUCUCGAGUCGUCGGUCUUCAUGGGUGGCGACCUGCCCUACUCCGUAUGGCGGCCGCUGCAUGGUCUGCUCAUGCGCAUGGCCCAGCCCGCCAUCAAGAAGGCCCUACACGCACAGGUGGGUGGGGGAGGGAGGGAGGGAAGAAGAUUGAGUCACUUCCAUCCAUCCACCGAUUGCAUGUCGUCUGUCUGUGUGUGUGUUGACAGGGGUUUGGUCGGUUCGAUCGCCAGGAGCGCCAGCACAUCAUUGAGCAGGACCUCCUGGCGCUGGCCAACUACCUAGGUGAGUGAGCGGACCACGCUAGCUACACCCUCACACACAGACAUGGUCAGCUACGUGAAUCUGUCAAUUGCUUGCUGGCCGGUUGAUUGCAGGGGGCAAGCCCUUCAUGAUGGGCGACAAGCCGACAACGGUCGACGCGUGUGUGUUUGGAGAGCUGGCCCUCUGCGUGUGGCAACUGCCAGGCUCACACCACGAGCACCUGCUCACCAAAGACAAACGGUACGCACAGAGACACAUCCACCCAGCGCAGCGCACAGCAAGCCUUCUCAUGACUUGACAAGGAAGGACACAUAACUGCCCUCCUCUGUGUGUUCAUCAGGUUUGAGGCGCUGUAUCACUACACUUUGCGGCUGAAGAACUUACUCUUUCCCGAGUGCUGGCCCAGGCCGCCCAAGACAUACGACCCGCCAACGUGAUAAAUGUAUGGGCGGAUGCUUGUGUGCAUCUAGAGUGUGAGGCAGAGCUGAGCAGCUCGCCGUGUGUCGGGUGGGUGUCUAUGUGGGCGGCUGUCUGUCUGUCUGUCUGUGGACGGCGCGUGCGAUGAAUGGAAUGAGAUGACUGACUACUGUAGCGACCAGCAAAUGUUGUAAUCUGUCUGUCUGUCUGUCUGUGUGUCCGUCUGUCUCCCUGAGUACAUGUAUGUAUUUGUGAAGACCCAUCCAAUUACACACGGGGGGCUGGACUGACACAAUUUCUGGAAGACUGACUGACUGGGUUUUUUGCUUGCUUGGACUGUUGGUACUUUUAUUGCACACUAAGUGGCUUUUGCAUGAGGACAGCACGAUAGAUGGCAAAUCUCGC